UCUACCGGCAUGGCGCCUGUUUCUAUUGCGAAGUCAGGGAGACAUUUCCAACCCACUGGUGCAAUAUCACGCGAGGAUGGCGAAGACUCACAUCAUCACCAUCAUCAUCACCACCUCCAUCAUCAUCAUCGCGGUGGCCAUGGACAUAAUCACGGUAACAAAGUUCCAUACAAUGGUUAUAAUUCCGAGGAGUAUCUAGACAGACUGGAACCAAAUGGAAAUAUACCAGCCGAUAAAUCUAAUUGCAGAUAUGGAGCCCAAGAAACUGCAAAUAAUGAUAAAACACAAGAUAAAGACUGGCGUAGCACCGACAGCACCGGCCACCAUGAUCGCGUUCAGCGGCAAUUGUCCGUUUCAUCCGAUAGCAAACUACUGGACGACGACAUCCGAGAGGAGACGCGUGUUAUUAUGCGCCCGAAAAAGCCGCCCAGACCCAAAUCGGAGGUUUUCCUUAACAAACAAGACCCGCAUCCACGACGGAAACGGUUUAGUGCAUUUGGCGGUGACUCGCCAUUUGGAAAAUCAGAUGCCUACAUAAAACUCGAGCCGCUCGGUGAGGGCUCAUACGCCACAGUCUACAAGGGCUUCAGCAAUUUAACACAUCAACGUGUUGCAUUAAAAGAAAUUAGACUGCAAGAGGAAGAGGGCGCCCCGUUUACGGCGAUACGUGAAGCCUCGCUGCUGAAAGAACUGAAACACUCAAACAUUGUGACGUUGCAUGACAUUGUGCACACAAGGGAAACGCUGACGUUCGUUUUCGAAUAUGUGAAUACCGACUUAUCACAGUAUAUGGAGAAACACCCUGGCGGUCUGGAUCAUCGUAAUGUUCGUUUAUUUCUGUUUCAAUUGCUGCGCGGCCUCUCCUACUGCCAUAAGCGACGCGUUCUACAUCGUGAUGUUAAGCCGCAAAAUUUAUUGAUAAGCGAUUGUGGAGAAUUGAAAUUGGCGGACUUCGGUUUGGCGCGUGCAAAAAGUGUUCCCAGUCAUACGUAUUCGCAUGAAGUCGUUACGUUAUGGUACCGUCCACCAGAUGUUCUGCUUGGCAGCACUGAAUACUCGACAUCGCUGGAUAUGUGGGGUGUCGGCUGUAUAUUUGUGGAAAUGGUAACUGGCAUGCCAACAUUCCCCGGUAUACGUGAUACAUAUGACCAGCUGGAUAAAAUAUUUAAAUUACUUGGCACUCCCACUGAGGAGACGUGGCCGGGUGUAACACAUUUCCCUGGUUAUAAGCCGCAUAAGUUAGGUUUUUAUCGACCCCGUAAAUUAGGUCACAAUUUUCCUAGACUCUAUGACAUCGUUGAUGGUGAAACGAUAGCGAAUGCCUUCCUGCAAUUAAAUCCAGAACAAAGAAUAGGAGCUGAAGAAGCGCUGCAGCAUCCCUACUUCGCGCCGUUGCCGAGAAAACUCUAUGAGUUGCCCGAUGAGACAUCAAUAUUCAGCGUAGAGGGUGUUCAUUUGUUUCCUGAACCAAACCGGCUAAGUAAAUGAAAAUUAAAGCAAACCCUUUCGGUGGAUGGUGUACGUUUCUAUUGUUAGCAGCAACAGCCAUAAAUAUUGUAAUUCAAGUUUUUUACUGCAAACCUAAUUUGUAUAACAUAUUUUUUUUUAUUUUUUGUUUUGUAAUACUUUUACUUGUAAUGCAAAGAUGGAUGAAACAACAACUACUCUUGGUUUAUAAAAUUCGUUAAUUAACAGCGAAAAUCUAAGAAAAUAUAUAAAACAAAAAGAAAUUUAAAAAAAAUGUACUAAGUAAAAGAACUAAAGUGACUAUGUAGAAAAUAACAACAACAAUAACAACAUGCACACACCCAGCCAGAGACACAAUUAUUAUAUGGCAAUGUAAAUACUGACUUGUAUUGAAACAAAAAAAAAAAAUAAGAAAAAUAAGAAAAAUUGCAAAAUAACACGAAAAUAUAAAAACUUGCAAAUAUCAUUUAGCAACAAAAUCGAUUCAAUUAUAGUAAUAAAAGUAAAACAGAAAAUUAUAAGAUGUGCACUAAAAUUAUAUUUUUAACAUUUUAAUAGAAUUUGAACAACAAAUAUUGUAGCAAAAAAUAGCAAAGGCUAAAACAGUUGAAACUUCUUAGGCCAAUAAUGAUUUUCGAAAAAGUGAAAAGCGAAAAAGUGUAAGUACUAACGAACAAAUGUGAAAUUGAAGGGAAACAAGUUUUAAAAGUAUUAAACAGAAAACGCAAAGCAGUGUCAAAUUUUUGGAAUACCAACAUAAAAUAAGAAACGUAGUGAAACAUGUCAAAAUUAAAUACAAUUACCGAAACAGUAGCAUUAAGAAUAAACAGCAAAUAGGCAGACACUAAACUAAACUAAAAUCAACUCAAAAUCAUAAACUCAAAAAAACUUUAAUAUUCAUAAACAACUAAUAUAAAACUACAACUACAACUAUAUUCAAAAACAAAGGAAAUCAAUCUAAAAUAGUUUAAAAUUUAUUUUACUAAAGUACGAAUUAUUAAGUAUGUGCACAUGUGUGUGUAUUGAUCACGUGCCUCAAGGCCCUCAGGUCCUCAGGUCCUCGAUGAGCGUAAGCACCUUCCCACGCACGCAAGGUUUUUUCCGUUUCGUAUGAAGUGAGUUUGGAGCGCAGAUAUGCUCGUACAAGGUGGCGCAAAAUUAAGCACCCUAACGGAAGAUUUUUAAUUUUGGCAAAUGGCGUUGUACGUGCAUAAUAUUUGACACUAGGGAGCUAAAAAGCUGCACUACUGACACUUGUGAGCUAAACAGACAGAUGCGAUAGAGCGCG